AGAGAGAGAGAGAGUGGGAGAGGUGAGCGGAGCAGCCGCGUGCACGUCGCACUAUCAACUGAAUCCAUCUUGYCGAAGAACUCGCAGGGAGUCCGGCUCUAAGCUGCGCAGGAAGGAAGGGCGGAAACAGAAGACAGAGAGSCCGGGACUUUGCUGACGGACGGACGGACGCAGCCAUGGCCAGCCGUGGACACUCAGAGCGCGUCAUGCUCCGCAUGGAGAGGGAGAAGUGCCCCUCUUCGCUUCUUGUGCGCCGCAGACUGUGUUAAAUCCAGUCUGCUCUUUUUUURUUCUUCUUUUUUUUCUUGGAAGCUCCCAUGUGAAGCACCGGAGGGAGGGAAGGAGGGGUGAGGAUAUGCRGUUCCGUAGCCUCUCCGGGUUCACGCUUACGAUCGGAGCCGACCUUUACGCGCGAUCCUCCGGCAGGACCGCAUGAAGGACGGAAGCACGGAGACAGACGGGAGGGAAAGUUAAACAGUGGAGUGUUUUUGUUUUUCUCUCCCCGAACGGAUCCAAGCCCGCUGAAGGACCCUGGAUCCCAAUGUCACCCCCUCUGGGCUCUGCGGUGGUCGGGGACCAGCAGUGUGUGACGGACAGGCGAGCGCCGCCUGCGGAGGCCUUCUGCUGCGUGUCUUCAAAUUGGACCUGGCUGAGCUCUGCGUGGAGCAACGAAUGAAGAGCCCUGGCUAUGGUCUGAUAUCUCAGCAUGGAUGGAGUCAGUGAGAGGACGGGACACCAUAAAUGAGACCAUCGCUCUUCAGCAGAGGACUAGCAUUUUACAGGAUUACUCCCUUUGUUUUCACUUCCAGCUGACUGUUUCAUUCCCAGACUCUCCUAGGUGGGCUUUUUGUGGCUCUGGCUUUUGGUGGAUACYUACAUCAUAUCCUUUUUGAUUUUAUUUCCUUUUUUUUUUUUGUUGCCUUUCCUUUUCUCUCUCUGUUUUUUCACUAUGGAGUGUCUGGUUGGAACCUGGAGUAAAGAUUGGGCUUCAUUCUUGCAGUUCUGGUUAACUGUAAUACUGAGCCUCCAAAUGCAAUUCAGCCCCAUUGCUUCCUGUCCAAUAGAGUGUCGUUGUGACAAAACGUUUGUGUACUGCAAUGAACGCAGCCUGACAUCAGUGCCUCUGGGGAUAGAGGACGGCUACAAGGUCCUCUACCUUCACAACAACCAGAUCAACAAUGCUGGCUUCCCUGUGGAACUUCACAAUCUGGUCUCGGUUGAGACCGUGUAUCUCUAUGGAAACCAGCUUGAUGAGUUCCCUAUCAAUCUACCCAAAAACACCAGGGUCCUACAUCUGCAGGAGAACAACAUUCAGACUAUUUCCAGAGUAGCCCUGGCUCAGUUGACUAAACUGGAGGAGCUGCACCURGACGAUAACUCUAUCUCCACAGUAGGGGUGGAGGAAGGGGCUUUUAGGGAGGCYCUGAGCCUUAAACUCCUUUUCCUCACCAAAAAUCACUUGAGCAGUGUUCCAAUUGGCCUUCCCGAGGACUUGAAGGAGCUACGGUUGGAUGAGAACCGGAUCGCUAUAAUAGCAGAGGAGGCCUUUCAGAACGUGACGCGCCUGCAGCGCCUUCUGCUGGAUGGGAACCUGUUGACAGAUGAGGGUAUUGCACCAGGAACCUUCCAGGAUCUCUCCACCCUGCGUGAGCUGGCCCUGGCCCGCAAUUCCCUUACCUUUCCCCCGCCCCUCUUACCCAGCCAGUCACUGGUCAAACUUAGUCUGCAGGAAAACCAGAUAGACCAGAUCCCCGUGGCAGCCUUCACUGACCUUAAUAGGCUGGAAAAACUGGAUAUAUCUAACAACCAACUUCAGACUCUGACACAGGGUGUAUUCGAUGGCCUGUCAAGCCUGAAGCAUCUCAUGGUUCGCAACAACCCCUGGCGCUGUGACUGUGCUGUGAAGUGGGUGGUGGUGUGGCUCAAGUCUUUACCGUCCUUCAUCAAUGCCCGGGGGUUUGUGUGCUCCAGUCCAGAUAAGGUGCGUGGCAUGACAAUCAGAGAGCUCACGCUUGAUAAUAUUGAGUGCCCGGUUUAUCCCGACCAGCCAGCCUGGCCCACACUUCGCUCCACGCCCCCACCCCCACCGACCACCACCUCCAUCACCACCAUGAUCUCCACCCUCAUCACCACAUCCAUCCCUUACUACUUUGACUCCCCCUCCCCUCCUUUAUAUCCAACCUAUAACAACCCGGGGCCCCUUCCCCCCUAUGAGGACCCCCUUCAGAUAUCUUUCCACGUGGUUAACUCCACCAACAUUGAUGUGAGCUGGGUUUCUUAUUUUACAGUUAUGGCCUACAAAGUCACUUGGGUCAAAAGGGGCCAAAGCCAAAUAAAUGAAGGGAUGCGGGAGAGGACGGUGAGUGGGGACCAGCGGUACCUCAGCCUCACUAACCUUGAGCCGCGCUCCGUGUAUCGGAUCUGUGUUCACGUUCUGGACAGCUUUAACUCCUACAGGCCCGGAGAGGAUACUAUUUGCUCCGAGGCCAGGACCAAGCUGCCUCCUUCGACUAAGCCUCCCGGCAAAGAGCAGGCGCCUCAGGACAGCAUCAACUCUACGCUGCUGAUGGCCGGGAUUAUAGGUGGGGCAGUUCUGAUCAUCCUGGUGACGUUGUUGGGCCUCUUCUGCUGGCACAUGCACAGGAAGAGCCGUUCGUCUUCAAACAAGUGGAAAUACAAUCGCGGCCGGAGAAAAGACGACUACUGUGAGGCGGGGACCAAGAAGGAUAACUCCAUUCUGGAGAUGACUGAGACCAGUUUCCAGAUAGUGGCUCUGAACAAUGAGCAGCUGCUUAAGGGAGAUUUCCGUAUUCAGCCCAUAUACACGCCCAACGGGGGCAUUGGAUUUAGAGAUUGUCACCUCAGUAACAACAGCAUAGCCUACUGCAAGAGCAGCAACGUGCCCAGCGCAGAGUUCUGCCACACGUGAUGUAACUCUCAGCACAGUGCUGUCCAAACAGACYUUUAAGAAACCAUGUUUGUGUAGAAAACAGAAAAUCAAAAAAAUUCUAGUAAAAUAUAACUGUACUAUAUAUAAAUAUAUAUAUAUAUAUA